AUGGCCUGGCUCUCCGAGGCCCCCGCCCGCCGCUGCAGCUGCGACUUCAGGGCCUCGAGUGGCACCGGGGAGCCGAGUUCGAGGUCACGCUCGCCCUGCCCGGGGGGGAACCUCAGCCGGGGCCUGGUGUUCGGCAACCCGGGCCCCGAAGGCUCGGCGGCCGUGGGCCUCGCGUGUCACGUGUUCGAGGCCCGGACCCUGAACUGCUCGUGGGCCCCGGGGCCUCGGGCGCCGCCGGGGACUCGGUACAGCUGGGGAUCCGGGACGCCAGUGCCCCCAUCUCCACCUUGUCGGUUUCUAACGCCCCCCAGACCGGCCUGUACCGCGAGUGCCGGGCCGACGCCGCCGCCGCCGCCGGCCCCCCCGGCCCCCGGCUGGGCUGCGCCCUGCCCGACCCUCGCCGGCCUCCGCGCCCGGACCUACGCCCUGGUCACCGGCUCGAGCCCCGCGGGCCCCAUCCGCUUCCUGGACGCCUGGCUCUACGCCCGCGACAUCGGUGAGGGCGGUUUCGAAGCGCUUCGACCCCCCGCGCAACGUGAGCGUGGCCUGCGGCCCCCGGGCUGCCGGGCGUCGUGGGCGCCGCCCCGGACCUGGAGGCGGCUGAGCGACCGCGACUUCCAGUACCAGCUGGACCUGAGCGUGCGGCUCGGCGCCCAGCCGGCGUCCCGGGACCCCCCGAUCGAGGUCCCGGGAGGCUCGGGCAACUCCUACGCGCUGCCGGGCCUCGAACCCGGGCCCCGCCGCGCCCUGCGCAUCCGGGCCGGCGACGCCCGCACCCUGGCCUGGGGCGCCUGGAGCCGCGCCGUGGAGUUCGGGUCGGCGGUUUCGAGGGUCCCCGCGGGCCGGGCCGCGCUGCCCCCGCUGCUGGCGGCGGCGGCGCUGGGGUCGCUGCUGGCGUCGCUGGGCCUGGGCUGGGGCUGCCGGAGGCUCCUGGGCGCCCGCGUCCCCCGCGUCCGCGACAAGGUCACCGGCGGCCCCGACCAGGGUCCCCAGGGCGGUUUCAAGGGUCCCCAGGGGGAGGGGCUGAGAGUGGAGAGCGGUUUCAAGCGUCCCAUGGGCGGUGUCAAGCAUCCCCGUGGUGGUUUCAAGUGUCCCCAGGGCGGUUUCCAGGGUCCCCAGGGGGAGGGGCUGUGA